AUGUGCCACACCAGCUGCCACACAGGCGGCCAGGCUGGCUGCUGCUCGCCCAGCCUUCUGCAGGCCCACCGUGUGCCCCCUUCCUGCCAGUCCUCCAUGUGCCUGCCCGUGAGCUGCAGGCCCACCGUGUGCACGGCCCCUUCCUGCCAGUCCUCCAUGUGCCUGCCCGUGAGCUGCAGGCCCACCGUGUGCACGGCCCCUUCCUGACAGUCCUCCAUGUGCCUGCCCGUGAGCUGCAGGCCCACCGUGUGCACGGCCCCUUCCUGCCAGUCCUCCAUCUGCCUGCCCGUGAGCUGCAGGCCCACCGUGUGCACGGCCCGUUCCUGCCAGUCCUCCGUGUGCCUGCCCGUGAGCUGCAGGCCAGCUGUGUAUGUACCCGUGAGCUGCCAGGCGCCCUGCUGGCCUGUGAGCUGCAAACCCAUGGUGUGCAUGGCUCCCUCCUGCCAGUCCUCCGUGUGCCUGCCCGUGAGCUGCAAGCCCGUUGUGUGUGUGGCCUCCUCCUGCCAGUCCUCUGGGUGCAUCCAGCCCUCCUGCCCCACCCUGGUCUGCAGACCCAUCUCCUGUGGCACCCCUUCCUGCUGCUGA